UGUUAUCUACCUCGCUGACCCUCUUCAUAGGCUCAUUUCCUCACACACCAGUCCACUUCCUACUGCUGCUGGGCUGGUGAAUGAGAGAAAACCUUCGUAUUAUACAUCCAUGGAGAAAAACACCCGACUGACUGAGGUCCUGCUUACUUCAGCUGAUAGUCCUGGCUGAACCUCUCUUAAUACAUCCAUGGGCUGAACCUGACGAGCCAGUUGGUUUGGAUUUUAGUAUCGUGUGAUCUCGUAGAUAUCGCGACAAUCCAGCUGCCCUGCAAGAAACACAGUGACAUCUGGUGGUUUGCAAAACGUACAGCAGCCCUUCAAGACGGGCCGAAGCGCAACACCUCUAUGAGUUAAAUAGUUUUUAGUCUCAUAUAUGCAAUAAAAGUUCAACACGCCUGCGUGUUAUAAUGAAAUCUGUAAUACUUUUGAUCAGAAUUGCUGCAUUAAAAAUGUAGCUAGAUGGUAUCGUGCAAUAUGUUACAGUAACGUUAAAUUGAUUAAUGCAUUAUCCCAAAAGCUUCACAAUUUUACUGACAAAACACCUUAAUGUACCUUAUUGGUGUGGUGUAGUUUACCUCAGUUUAGCUCAAAGGCAUUUCCAGAUCGACUGAAGACUAUUAGGCUGGAACAACAGCCACACAACAAACAUUUAUUGCGUUUCCCAAGUCUUUUGCUAAUCCAAACGAAGAUGGCAGCCGGAAGUGACAUUUCUGAUCUACUUGUUCGUUUUGUUAAAGUUUGGCUCGUAAUUAUUUGAAGAAAAAUAGCUUAGUGUGUAAAAGUCUCAAUUGUCAAAUCUGUGAUUACAUCGGAGGAAAUUGUUUCCAUUGUGAAACGUGUCAUAUUUUUCUUCCCUACUAGCCAAAACCCGAUGAUUGUGCUCCAGCGGUCCUGUAGAGGCUUAAUAAACUCUCACCUGUAUGUCCACCUGAAAAGGCAGUGGGGCAGCCAAAACAUGGCAAGACCCAGUUCAGACCUGGCAGCAUUCAGGGAGAUUUUCUCCAAGGCGAAGAAUAUAGCCAUCAUCACCGGAGCAGGGGUGAGUGCAGAGAGCGGAGUCCCAACCUUCAGAGGAGCAGGAGGCUACUGGAGACAAUGGCAAGCACAGCAACUUGCCACCCCAGAGGCCUUCUCCAGGAAUCCCUCCCGUGUUUGGGAGUUUUACCAUUACCGCCGCGAGGUCAUGCUCACAAAAAAUCCCAACCCCGCCCACCUGGCCAUCGCAGAGUGUGAGGAGCGACUGAGCAAACAGGGACGACAGGUUACAGUCAUCACUCAAAAUAUCGACGAGCUCCACCGCCGCGCCGGAUCCAAAAACAUGCUGGAAAUUCACGGAAGUCUGUUUAAAACCCGCUGUAUGAGCUGUGGUCAUGAAGCAGCCAAUUACAAGAGCCCCAUCUGUGAUGCUCUGGAGGGCAAAGGAGCUCCAGACCCAGACACAAAUGACGCCCAGAUCCCUGUUCUGCAGCUGCCCAGGUGUGAGCAGAAAAGCUGUCACGGUCUCCUGAGACCAGCUGUGGUUUGGUUUGGAGAGAGUCUGGACUCAGACAUCCUCACCCAGGCUGAGAAAGUGUUGGACAGCUGUGACCUCUGCCUCGUGGUUGGCACUUCGUCCAUUGUGUAUCCAGCAGCCAUGUUUGCUCCUCAGGUGGCAGCCAGAGGUGUCCCUGUGGCCGAAUUCAACAUGGAGGACACACCGGCCACCAUGCGCUUCAAGUUCCACUUCCACGGCCCCUGUGGGACCACGUUACCCCCCGCGUUGGGACGCCACGAGACUGAACCAAAAUAAGUCCUGGACGUCAGCUGCACACAGAACAUGACUGUCCAACACUGGAGGACUUUAUUGGUACAAAUACCAAAAAUAAUAGGUUGAAUAUAAUGAAGUGUGGAGACGGUGUUCAUGAAAAAUAAGGCCAACAAAUUCAAAGACGAAAGGGGAAACUGUUUGUUCAAGCUGUCACACAGAUAAAAUAUACAAUGAUAAGAAAGUUGACCAUAUUUUAUUUUAUUUCUUUUAAUUGUAAACAUUUAAUUUCCAGUUAAUGCAUUUUGUCUUUGUGGCUUCUAUUAAAUAGUUUCUUUUCUUCCUUAGGAGAUAAUGACUUGAUGAUUGAUUGAACUGAUUUAAUUUCUGCUAAGGAACUUCUUCUUUUUUCAACACUGAAUAUUGAACAUCACACCAGUGCUCUGUGCUCACUGCUGCACAUAGCAAAUUUAAGAGUUAUACAUGUGACAGUUUUCCAUAUGGGAUUACAAGACGCUGCUAUUUAACAUCUUCCAGUCUCAGAUAUAUACAAAUCAUGUGGAGAAAUGGCUGUUCACGUGUGAACAGCCAUUUAUCUUGAGAAAGCUUGGGAGAAGUAGAACUCAUUUUUGAGAUGAUCUGUAGAUGUUUGUUCAAGGGCCUAACUUUGGGUUCAAUAUUGAGGGGGGUUAAGAUCUCCACUUUUGAACAAAAUUAAAAUUUUGAGCAUAUCAAACACUUAAUUUCCUGCAUUCUGGUGAAUUUUUCUGCAACAAUUUGUGCCUUUUCUGCAUCAAGUUAUGUUUCAUAUGUCUAUUUAUGUAAACAAAAUUAUAAUAGGUUUUUGGGGUGGUUGCACUGGCAAGUUUUGAUUAUUGAGGGGGUGUAACAUGCUCUUUAUGAAAGGCAAUGUUGAAAAAGGCAGUGACACAAAUAAAUAGCAUUGAGUAUGGAUUAAAUACGAUCACAUGUAGGCCAACCUUAUCACUCCUUUUGCAUUGAAUGAAUACUGAAUGUCAGACAGCAGGGGGCAGUGUUUAGCUACAGCUGCGUCAGCGACUACACCACCAGAAAAAAACGCCUCCUUCCAAAGGAUCUGUGGGCUCUGCCUGGGAUAUGUGGUGUUGAAUGUAUGGACCGCGAUGAAUAUGUGUAUGAUGCCUUCCAGUGGUGAGUAAGCUCCAGUUAAACCAGUGACUGUGCAUUCCCUGAGCCAGUCAUGAAGAGAUGUAUGUUAAGGUUUGGACAUAAUUGAAACAGUAUGUUCAUUUGAAAUGAAUAAAUGUACACUCUUAUAAACUGAA